CUUUAAUAUUCAUAAUAAUUAAACAGCACCAAAUGAUGAUUUUUACAAUUUGGGUUUUUGCAGAAUCCCGUGCAAUCAUAAGAUACUAUGCAGAAAAAUACAAAUCACAAGGGACUGAUCUACUGGGAAAGACAGUAGAGGAAAGUGGUCAAGUGGAAAAUUGGCUAGAGGUUGAGGCACACAAUUUCAACCCACCAAUUUAUGCCUUGACCCUACAUCUGAUGUUUGCUUCCAAGAUGGGGUUCCCUCCUUAUGAAAAUUUGAUCAAGGAAAGCGAGGAAAAGCUAGGCAAAGUUCUGGAUAUUUAUGAGGAGAGGCUGUCAAAGAACAAGUACUUGGCCGGUGAUUUCUUUAGCCUUGCUGACCUGAGCCACCUGCCAUUUACUCAGUACUUGGUGGGUCAAAUGGGAAAGGAAUACAUGACAACCAGCAGGAAUCAUGUGAGUGCUUGAUGAGAUGAUAUUAGCAGCAGACUGUUUUGGCAGAAGGUUCUCCAACUCUAUGCUCCUCCUUUCUAAGAAUUGAAAAUGAUGCAAUCUGGGGAUGGGAUCUUUUCAAUGAUGUCUGCUUUAUUGUUUAGCAGUUUGGUUUGGUUUGAUUUGGGGUCUGGUCAUUGUCUGUUUUAAGAGGCCAACUGGUUAUCCUAUGUUAGUUGUAGUUACAAUAAAAUGUUGGUAAGGGUAAGGGGUUACAGUUAUCGUUGUGUUUGCCUAUGUUUGAUAUUAUGAAUAAAGAUGAAGAAAUCAUGGAGAUAUCAAAGAGAA